GGUUCUCAAAGAGACCGUCAGGAUAAAGCAGCCCUCGGUGGGCGGGAAGGAGCAGCUCUGGCAUGUGGGGAUCUCCGGCACCAACAGAUAUUUUGAUGGCAUGACAAAUCAGAAAGAAGAGGAUGUACUGUAUGACUAGACACAAGAUCAGUUCUGUUUGUGGAUUACAUUUUCAGUAAGAUGUAUGGAUCUAUUUUUUCCUUGUUCUUAUAUAUAGAUCAUGAGACUUGACUGAGGCAAUAUACAUAUCAUCCAUCCAUCUAUGGCGAACUACAGCCAUGCAGCUGACAACAUUUUACAAAAUCUCUCUCCUUUAACAGCUUUUCUGAAACUGACUUCACUGGGUUUCAUAAUAGGAGUCAGUGUGGUGGGUAACCUUCUGAUCUCCAUUUUGCUAGUCAAAGAUAAGACCUUGCACAGAGCUCCUUACUACUUCCUAUUGGAUCUUUGCUGCUCAGAUAUCCUCAGAUCUGCAAUUUGUUUCCCAUUUGUUUUCACCUCUGUAAAAAAUGGCUCUACCUGGACGUAUGGGACUCUUACUUGCAAAGUGAUUGCCUUUUUGGGGGUUUUGUCCUGCUUUCACACUGCUUUCAUGUUAUUCUGCAUAAGCGUCACCAGAUACUUAGCUAUUGCCCACCACCGUUUUUAUACGAAAAGGCUGACCUUCUGGACUUGUUUGGCUGUUAUCUGUAUGGUGUGGACCCUCUCUGUAGCCAUGGCUUUCCCCCCAGUUUUAGAUGUGGGCACCUACUCUUUCAUUAGGGAGGAAGACCAAUGCACUUUCCAGCAUCGUUCCUUCAGGGCUAAUGAUUCCUUGGGAUUUAUGCUUCUUCUUGCCCUCAUCCUCCUAGCCACACAGCUUGUCUACCUCAAGCUGAUAUUUUUUGUUCACGAUCGCAGGAAAAUGAAGCCAGUCCAGUUUGUUGCAGCAGUGAGCCAGAACUGGACUUUUCAUGGUCCUGGAGCAAGUGGUCAAGCAGCUGCUAAUUGGCUGGCUGGAUUUGGAAGGGGUCCCACGCCUCCAACCUUGUUGGGAAUCAGGCAAAAUGCGAACACCACAGGCAGGAGAAGGCUACUGGUUUUAGACGAGUUCAAAAUGGAGAAGAGAAUCAGCAGAAUGUUCUACAUCAUGACAUUCCUCUUUCUGACCUUGUGGGGUCCCUAUUUGGUAGCCUGUUACUGGAGAGUUUUUGCAAGAGGGCCUGUAGUACCAGGGGGAUUUCUAACGGCUGCUGUCUGGAUGAGUUUUGCCCAAGCUGGAAUCAAUCCUUUUGUCUGCAUUUUCUCCAACAGGGAGCUGAGGCGCUGUUUCAGCACAACCCUUCUUUACUGCAGAAAAUCCAGGUUACCAAGGGAACCUUACUGUGUUAUAUGAGGGAGCAUCUGUAAAUCUUUAGCCUUGUGAAACACUACCAUUCUCUGCUAAGCAAUUGUGGCCUGUAGCCAUGUCUUGAGAAGAAAAUCAAGAAUGGGAUGUCAGCAGUUGUAAGGAUUUGGGCAACAUUCUGCAGUCUUUGCAAUAGCUCACCUCUAAUCCUAUUUUAAACCUAAACAUGUUCCUGCUGACCACUGCUGAAGGUUUGUAAUUAAGAACAAAGGACUGAACUACUGCUCUGAAUUCCUUUAUGUGGUUGAAAUCUAGAUUAUGAAAGUAGCAGGUGCUAAGUAUCAGUGCUAAAUGCUGUGUAUAUCACUACAUAAAAUAAGACCAUCAAAAAGAUUAGCAUUGGACAUCUUAAUAAAUUAAGUUGAUAUGAGGUUAAUGUGUUGAUAAAACUAAUUUUAGACAUCUGAAGACCUUUAAAACAUUUCAUACAAUUAUUGUUUUGCAAAGACUGAAAACUGGGGACUCAAGUACUGUAACAGAUUAAAGAUGUGCCAUGCAUUAUUGGAUUAUCACACUUACAAAUCUGUUUGCCUUGUGAGUUAAGUUUUGGGGAGCAUCCCAAAGCAGUAUUUUUGUUCAGAUUUACACUUUUAUUUUUCCCCCCUUUCUCUCUCUCUUUUUUUUUUUUUUUUUUUUUUUGUUUUUCUCCCCAAAUAUAUUACUCUUUCUAAAUCCCAUUUUCCUUGACAGUGAAUUACUAACAUUUAUCUGUAUUCUGUGGUUUUUGCUGAUUUGGUAUAAAGUUUAAUAGACUCUUAUUUAUAUUUUUUAAAAAGCUAGAUAUCAGUCUGUUAGGCAACGAUAAUGAUAAUAAUUCAGUCAUAAUUGAACAGUUAUAAUUAUACAGAAUAAACACAUGUUGCCUUAAAGGGUUAUCUAGUAUCUUCCAUUUUGUUUAGCAUUGAAGCAAAUAAGCAAAGAAAAUUGAAUGAAUAACUCUGGUCAGUCAUUUGAGAGUGCAUGAAACAUCACUUAGUCCUCUUUUUUCCUUUUUACUCCAGUGGUUCCCAAAAUCAGUAUGCACAUCACUGGGAUGAUACGUUUUUUUUUCUAGGUGUGCCGCCCUUUCUAGUUUGUUCUGAGAAACACAGGCAGUUGAUGUAUGUUUAUAUUUUAAGACAGCUGUCAUGGGGAGACCGCAGCCUUAGUAUGAUAUCUUGCACAAUUUGUGAAGCAUUUAUUCUACUGAAGGCACAGUCUUGUUUAUAUUUUCUGCACAUUUUGGUGUAUUGGUUGUUUUAAAUUAUUUAAGUUUUAACUUGUGAAAGCAUAUAAUAUGAUUUCUUAGUAUUUUAGAAAUACAUUAGAGUCUGUGAGUCUUUCCUUCUUUAAGAUACAGAUGUGUGGAUUUCAAUAUAAAGUUGCAUUUGCCAAAAUUUACCUGUGUAGCUUGUUAAUUUUCUUGGAAUAAAAUUUUACAUUUUUCCAGUUA